AUGAGACUCACCAACUUGAUCCUGGCCGCCAGUGCCGCCGGUCUGGCCUCUGCCUACCCUCGCUCAAGGGAGGUUCUUCCCAAGCGCAACAACGAUGUGAAGAAGCGCUCUUCUGGCUUCACCUGGGUUGGUGUUAGCGAGUCCGGUGCGGAGUUUGGUUCCGCUAUUCCUGGAACCUUGGGUACGGACUAUACUUGGCCCACCACAUCCAAGAUCCAGGACCUUCGGGAUGCUGGUAUGAACAUCUUCCGCGUUCCCUUCUUGAUGGAGCGUCUGGUGCCCGACAGCAUGACCGGUACCCCGGCUACCACAUACUUGGCUGAUCUCAAGUCUACGGUGAAGUUCAUCACCGACAGCGGUGCUUAUGCGGUUCUUGAUCCCCACAACUACGGAAGAUACUCUGGAAGUAUCAUUGAGUCGACCGCCAACUUCAAGGCCUUCUGGAAGACCGUCGCUGCUGAGUUUGCCGACAAUGACCUGGUCAUUUUCGAUACCAACAACGAGUACCACGAUAUGGACCAGACUCUCGUCCUGGACCUGAACCAGGCCGCCAUCGACGGUAUCCGUGCCGCCGGCGCUACCACUCAGUACAUCUUCGCCGAGGGCAACGCCUACUCCGGUGCCUGGUCGUGGACUGACAACAACGACAACCUGAGCGGCCUCACGGAUAGCGCGGACAAGCUCGUCUACGAGAUGCACCAGUACCUCGACUCAGACAGCUCCGGUACCUCCGAGACCUGCGUCAGCAGCACCAUCGGCAAGGAGCGCCUGGAGUCGGCCACCGCAUGGCUCAAGUCUAACGGCAAGAAGGGUUUCAUUGGCGAGUUCGCCGGUGGUGUCAACUCUGUCUGUGAGACUGCCGUCGAGGGCAUGCUCGCUUACAUGAGCGAGAACAGCGACGUCUGGAUGGGUGCUGAGUGGUGGUCUGCCGGUCCCUGGUGGGGAACUUACAUGUACAGCUUGGAGCCCACUGAUGGUACCGCUUACUCGACUUACCUUCCCAUCCUGGAGAAGUACUUUGUCAGUGGCACUGCUUCUGCCUCCACCACUGCUGUAGCCGCUGCUUCGACCUCUUCUUCCUCGUCGAAGUCUACCUCCUCCGCCACUUCCACCUUGUCUAGCUCCUCUUCGACCUCCGCCGCUGUGGAGGUUACCACCACCCCUAACAGCGAGGUCCAGGUCCCCAGCCCCUCAGUUGACGCUGUCACCACCGCCGCUCCCAGCUCUGUUGCCUCCGUCGCCCCCGUCAGCGAGCCUACCACCCUGUCUACCGUCUCCGUCUACGUUCCUCCUGCUCCCUCCUCCGCGACCACCUUUGCCAUCGCCCCGUCCUCCACUCAGUCGGCUACCGUCGCUCCUUCCUCGACUGGAGCUCUCGUCGCUCACUACUACCAGUGCGGCGGAAUCAACUGGACCGGUGGCACCACUUGCGAGUCUCCCUACACCUGCAAGGUGCAGAACCCCUACUACUACCAGUGUGUUUAA